UCUGCCAGCUACGCGGGAGGCAGGACCGCAGCAGCACCUCGCCCCGUCCCCACAAGCCGCAGCCAUGUCCCGAGCAGCUGUGGGAAGCGGUGCGGCACAACGGGGAUCCCCCGAUGGCUUGGAAGGGGAGCUGGAAAGGGGGGCUGCACCCCAGGUGUGCCACGGGCAGGACCUGUGGGACCCCAAGGGGAGGGAAGCAGCCGCCCACCUGGGGGAGGCUGAAGAGAUGAAGGUGAGGAAGAGGAGCAGGCCGGCGCGCUCCAAGGCCAGGAGGAUGGCUGCCAACGUCCGAGAGCGCAAGAGGAUCCUGGACUACAACCAAGCCUUCAACGCCCUGCGGCUGGCCCUCAAGCAUGACCUCAGUGGCAAGAGGCUCUCCAAAAUCGCCACCCUCCGGCGAGCCAUCAGCCGGAUCACGGCUCUGUCCCUCUCCCUGCACGGCGCCGCGCGCUGCUGGCCCUGCGCCCACUCCGAGUGCCACGGGCAGGGCGCGAGGGACGGCCGCCCCCGGCUCCCUGGUGCUGCAGGCUAUGGGGGAUAUCCCCUCGAGAGCCAGCUCCAGCACCAUGAGAGUCCGAAGGAGGAUCGUCCGGCAGCCAGCCCUGCGUUUUAUCCCGCCGGGAGCCACCAGCUUGGUCUCCGGAGCAGCUGCCAGCGCAAACACACGGGCAGCCUGCGAGCCCCCCCGGCAGCACCGCUCCCCUGGCAGCUGGGGGGGUUCCAGAGCUCAGGCUACCAGCGCCUCCCCAUCCACUGACCCUUCAGGCUGGGAAGGCGAGACGGUGCCGGGAAGGUAACGCAGCCGAGUGACAAACGGGGCAGCGGGAAGGGACCUGGGCAGGAGAGAGGUGGGACACGGGGCUCGGCGCGGUGCUGUGAGCCCAGCGCACGGCACAGUGCCCGGCUGCGCUCGCUGCUCUGCAGGAGAGCUCAGAGCUGGGGGACGUGGAGAGCUUUGUUUUCUGCUCGAGGAAUCUCUGUGUUUCUUUGUUGUGAGGUUUCCCUGCUGCAAGUUGUCAUGAUUAUUUAUUCUCUCUUGCUUGCUUUGUGAGAAAACAUGAGUUAAAAGCCCAGCGUCGGGGCGCUGCCUGUUAAUGCGUGUGAGAUGGACAGAUGGGCCGUGCGGAUCGCAGUAAGGCUGCUGGCUGGGGGACAGCUCUGGCUCUGGCUGAUGGAUCGGGGGAGCAGGAGCUGGGAAAUGUUCACUUGGUUGUACUUUUAAUGCUAAGCCCAUCAGUGCACAUAUUGGUGCCUGGGCAGAUCUGCAGGAGUGGUUGAGGCGCUCAUAAACCCCAUGGUGCCUCCUGACGACUGCAAAGUGGCUCCCGUGGGACGGUCUGGGACCGCGCUCCUGGUCAGCCCAGCCAGGAGGAAGGGGGGCUCAGCCCUGUGCUCCCCGAGUGCCAGGCUUCCUCCACCUCC